AUGCAGCUCGUUCGGGUCGUAGCCACACUCUCCGCUUUCACAAGCGUGUCGGCGGCACCCGGAAUUGCAACCUCAUUCAUACGGGGGCUUGUACCAGCAAAGUUGUACAGCGGCGACUCGUCCAACCAGCUCACCGACGGCACGCCAUGCAGGGCCAUAACAAUUAUAUAUGCACGCGGAACUACGCAGUCGGGCAACAUUGGCAACUCCAAGUCCGUCGGUCCUAUCACUUUUGACGCCCUCGCCAAAAUCGUCGGCCCGAACAGGCUAGCCGUCCAGGGGGUCGACUACAAGGCCAGCUUCCUCGGAUACGCUGAGGGUGGCCAGCCGAAAGCCACCGACAAAAUGGUGGAAUUAGUAAAGCUGGCACAAACCAAAUGUCCCGCCAGCAAAGUCUUUGUGGUUGGCUACAGCCAAGGAGCGCAGGUUGCGCACAACGUGGUGAAUGCAUUACCUGCCAUCACUGCUGCCAGGAUCACAGGAAUUCUCACCUUUGGCGAUCCCGAUGCAUUGCAACCGGUUCGUACCGAGACUUUGGGUAAAUGGAAAAUCAUCUGCCAUGACGACGACAGGCUUUGCGCCGGCAGCCACAUUCAUGUGACCUUGGAUCACCUCAACUACCAAACGGAUGCUAAGAUGGCCGCGGAAUGGAUUGCCGCCAAGGCUGGCAUGCUCCCGAAAUGGCGCGGCACUGGUGCACCUGACGCUUUAGCGUCUGGUAUGGGAGCACCUAAUCUGGCAGCACCUAAUCUAGCAGCACCUAAUCUGGCAGCAUCUGGUGGUAUUGCAGCAGCUGCAGCCAAGUGA